AUGGACUACAUCAGAGAGUGGUCACAACCGAGGACAGCAGAUGGUUCAAGCGACCUAUCGGUUUGUCAUGCCAUUAUCCCAAGAAAUAUUCCAUCAGAUGAGGGUACAUGGCUUGGAAUACUUGAGGAUGUCGUCCGACCUGGUGUGGAGGUUGUGUUUGUGGGGUCGCAUCUCAUGAAGCACUUGGCUCAGACGUGUGCAGGAUGGUUGGGCCUCGAGCCAUUCGCGACUUCGGGCCAAUACACCUAUGAGGAAUUUGUUGAAUUCUGUCACAGUCAAGAAUUUGGCUCUGAUAUUUGGUCUGAGUCAGCCGUGCUGUCGAACCUGAUCGUUGUGUUCCAUAUCGACAGCAACAUGACAAGCGAUUGCGCACUUGCGUUGAUUGCGGCAGUGCAUUUUGUAAAAUGCCACGCUGAAACCGUGCCAUUCUGCACAAGACUCCUCACAGCCUCAAACGAAGAGAAGCCCCGAGCCCUGUCCGAACUGGCGUCAUACUUCGGCGUAGGACCCGUACAUAGCUUUGCUAUAUCACACGAAGGCGAGGGGGGUUGGUACGGGGCAAACCACAAUGUCAUUGAUACAAGGGAUAACGAGUGGCCUUCUAAGUAUCGAAAGCAGGUUCGAAAGGGGCUCCAAAGACAGGUAGUUAUAUACUCGCCUUCUAUGAUUAGUAUGCCUGCAUCCAUGGAGACAGCCGUCGAUAGAUAUGGCUUCAAGACUAUGAAUGUAGAAAACACGUUAUAUUGGCGCCUGUUCGCGAUCGAAGCCCCUGAAGUCAGGAUGCCCCUGCCGCUUGAGUUCGACGAAGUACAUGUCAUUGUGGACCACUCCCGAUACUUGAGAGUCUACGACAGUGUUACGCGCCAAGUUACUCACAUGAACGUCUCGAUGAGUGCCGAGGAGCGCGAAGAUCAAGUUGCAGUGGCCUUUCGAGCAGCCAAGCCUCCAACACGCGUCACCUUCUACAUCCACGGACGGACUGUGGAUGAGUAUGUAUGCGCAGGAAGAGCUCGAAGGCGCCUGAGUGUCUGUAAUGCUCAAGCAGGAGGCUUCUUGGGGUCCGUGAGACAGUUCAAGCGAUGGGGCUUGGAUACAGAUGUUGCGUCCUGCUUCUUCUCAUCUCCAAUGGAGAAGGACGUCUUCAAGACCAUGUCACGUCGUCUUGAAGUGCAACUGCAGACUGCAUCUGCCAGUAAGCUGGACGUGGCGUUGUUCAGGAGACUUCUGCCGAUCGUUGGAUAUGAUCACAGGUUGGCGCUCUUUGUCGGAUUACCUUCCGAGGGUGAUGCGGUGACAUUGACAAAGAUCCGUUGGGCGGCAUUGACCUCGGUAGGGGUUAAUAAGUUUGUGAAGUUUCCCGACGGGAACAGCAUCAUGGGACGCGAGAACUGCCGUAUGAUGUCGGUGAAGCAUGGGUCAGCUACACCAUUUCACAUCUUCGGCACAACAUGGACGGCACUGAACCUUUGGGGAGAUGUUUGCCAAGCGUCGCGAUGCUCUACAGUAUUUCCAGCAUCACAAGAAUGGAUUGAGUACCCUCUGACUGAGGUGCAAAUUCACAUUCCUUCAUGGAGACAGAUUGAAGAGACAGCCAAGAGUCUUUCAACUGCUGUUGGUAUAGCCCUACCAGACUCAGACUUCUGUAACCUUGACUGCUUGGAGGCCCGUCAAUUACAGCGACAUCUGUUGGACGCAUAUGUUUUUCAGUUGACGAGAACAAUUGACUCCAGUAGGAAUCUUAUGGAUCUGGCAACUGGGACUUUGCUGGCUGACAAUGGCGUCACAGAGUGGACGACCAAGGCAGCUGACAGGGCUGGAGAGACUUCGCUCUUCGGUGUGUACUCAGACAUGGAACGGAUGGCCAAUCAGAACACAGUGAGACUGCACGACUGGACUUGGAUUCCAGCAUCCGUUGUCGUUGACUAG